AUUAGGUUUGUACGUUAUUAUAUUUUUUCUGUGCCUAUUUUCCCUCAGUCAUUACACAACUUUCAACGAAGAAGUAGAUUUUUGUUUAUUUGUAUACGAAUAUUAAAAUAAUUUUAUAAUGAGAGACGAAAAUAAAGAAGUGAACAUUCAAGAAAUAAUUCCAUUAGUCGAAAAGAAACCUGUUCUAUGGGAUCACCGUUUAGAAUUAUUUAAACAUAAAAAUGCAACCCUUGCUGCUUGGAAUGAAAUUUGUUCGGAUUACAACAAAGAUUAUGUAAAUUUUAGUGAAGCUGAGAGAAAUAAUUACCGUGAAAUUAUAAUAAGGAAAUGGCGAAAUGUUAAAGACAGUUGGAGAAAAAACUUGGUAAAAGCUGCCAAGAGUAAAAGUAAUCACAGGAAAUAUGUUUACAAUAAAGAAUUAAUGUUUCUGAAACAAGGAAUGAAAAUUAGACCUAGAAAUAAGCCUUCUAAAUCUCCAUUAAAAACAGAAACUUUAACUAUCAUCGAAAAUGACGAAUCAUCUUGGCAUUCCGAAGUUCAAAUAAAAUCCGAAUCAAUUAACACGGAUGAUUUCGAAGAAAUCCAUUUCUCAAAAGAAGAAUUCAAAUAUGACACAUCGACGACGUCCAAAUCUGACUCUCGCAGUCGUGACAAGCAAGACAUUUACCAUGAAAUGCCAUCUUUUUCAUCUUACUCACAAAGCACAUCCGUUUCCAAUCAGGGUGAAUCGGAAUUAUCGCAUUUAUUGAACUCUAGGCUAGAACAACAGCAACAAGAACAGGAAGAUCGACAUAUUUCAUUUAUUAAAGGAGUCUUACCAUCGUUGAGAAAUUUUAACGAAAGUCAAGUUUUGAAAUUUCAAAUGGGAAUAUUGCAGCUAAUUCAAAAUAUUAAAGAAAAUAGUACCUAAGAAUAAA